CCCCGCCCCGCCCCGUGGCUCGGCCACGCGCGGUAGUUUGUGCCUCGUGGGCCGCCGUCCCGGCGCCAUGGCGGCGUUCGCGAGGCGCAAGGCGCAGCGGCUCGCGCGGCCCGACCCCAGCAGGAAGCGCGCGCUGGACGCUCGCGCCGCGGGGCUCGCGCUGCUCCUGAACGCGCGCGAGCGCUUCUGCACCACGAGCUCGUGCGACGGCAGAGUGCUGGUGACGGACACGGACRGCACCGGCAUCCAAAAGAAGAACUGCACGUGGCUGCUGGUAACGCACGAUCCGUGUGUCAAAGGCGAUGUGAUGACAGCACUAGAGAAAGCCACUGGUGAUGUUGUGUUCAAGUUUGAACCAUUUGUUCUUCACGUGAUGUGUCAGGAGCUGCAGGAUGCACAGCUGCUGCAUUCCAUCGCUGUUGACUCUGGGUUCAGGAACUCUGGUAUUACAGUUGGCAGAGGAGGAAAAAUUAUGAUGGCUGUGCGGGGUACUCACUGCUUAGAAGUUCCGUUGAGCCACAAGGGAAGAUUGAUGGUCUCUGAAGAAUAUAUUGAAUUUCUGGUACAUGUAGCCAAUCAGAAAAUGGAAGAAAACAUAAGGAGGAUUGAGAGAUUCCACAGAGGCUUGCAGUUGGCUCUGGAAGCUGCUGUCCCUGCAGGCACCGUGUCUUCCGAGGGGCCAGAGAGGAGCCACCCUGUGUACGUGCACAGAAGAAAGAGACGGCUGGCUCAGGAACAGGCCGAUCCCAGCAGAGAGCUGGAGCCCCAGGAUGAUAUUAACAUUCUUGAUCUGUUUGCUGAAAUCAUGGUGUAGACUAAGGCGUUUGAAAGCAAAUGGUGAACUGUGAUUGAUGCUCUUUUUAAGAGAUUUGUAUACUCCUGUGCUCCGAGUAGUAACACUCUUAUAGACAUUGACCAGAGAAAAAGGUUAUUUAGAGAAUAGUWAGGAGGUGUAGCUACAGGACGCAGAGAAAAAGAGCUGUAGAAUGUUUUGGGUUUUUUCUAACUGUACUCUUGAGUUAACAAAGUUGUAUUCAGUUAUCCCAGAAAUAAGUGAUUAGCUGCAGCCUUUUGCCCAGCAGCAUCUCACUUCCAACUUCCUGGGUUUUGCAGAGCCCUUCUGUGCAUGUGACAUUUCUUGAAAGGUCUGUUGGACAUGGCGUAAGGGACUGAUGACACAGCACCAACCACAAGCAGUGCCCAGAGGCACACAUGGGAAGGGAAAAUUCAGCACUGAAAAAGGAGAGGUGCAAAGAAACCAUAUCAGACUGCAAAUCAGCCCACAGAACCCACAUUUUCGGGACAUGAGAGACUUGCUCCUGAAUCCAGAGCAGGUAAACUCCCAUUGCAUACAGUCACCUGUGCAAGGUGGGAGAGAUCACAGACACUAAUGGUGUGUGUAAACCAGGACCUUGAUGUGCCUUCGGGGCAGAGCUGCGGGAUUCUGUGUUGGAAUAAAAAUUGUAUUUUUGCAACUGUA